AUGGAUUCAGAUCCAAUUGGGAGCUUCUUCCUGCACAAGCCUAUUGUUCUAAACUCUUUCCCUGAGGAUACAAACCACCCAAAGUGGAAACAUAGUCCCCACAACAACAUGGACUCCAUUGCUAGAGCCAAAUACACCAUCCCCUUCCAAGUCAACUUUAGCUGUUCUCCAAACGAUCGUGACUCUUCCCCACCACCCCACCACAGCAGAACCGAGAUGGACUUCUUCUCCGACGACAACAACAACAACAACAACAAAAAAGAGGACAAAGGUUCCACUUCUGCCUCUGAUCAUCGUCAUUCCGCCACUCUACCUACGUUGGAAUUCGAAGUAAACACUGGUCUGAAUCUUCUUACUACCAACACUAGCAGUGAUCAAUCUAUGGUGGAUGAUGAGACAUCACCCAAUUCAGAAGACAAAAGAGCUAAGGAUGAGGUAAAGAUCGAUAGAUAUCUUGCUGUUGUUCAAGCUGAGCUCGAGAGAAUGAAGAGGGAGAAUCAAACGUUGAGGGACUCGCUUGAUCAGAUUAACGCCAAUUACAAUGCACUUCAUAUGCAUUUUAUGAGUUUGAUGCAGCAGCAGAAGGCCGCGGAAGUUGAAGAACAAGAAGUGCUUGGUGGAAAGUUAGAAGGGAAUAAGGGUGAGAGUGCUGGGGUAUUGGUGCCAAGACAGUUCAUGGAUCUUGGAUUGGCUACUAAUGCUGACACUGAUGAACCCUCGUCUUCAUCAGGGGGAAGAAGUCAAGAUCGAUCAGCAUCACCUAGCGCAGAAGUGGCUUCCAAGGAAGUAGGGACCAGUAAGAAUGGGAAUGUUAAUGAUGAAGGGGAUGAUGGAGAGGAUAAUCCCUCAGGUGGUCAUGCUCAUGCUGGUGAUAAAGUUCCAAGGUUGAGUCCUUCAAAGAAUAAUGUUGAUCAGGCUGAGGCAACCAUGAGGAAGGCAAGAGUUUCUGUUAGAGCUCGAUCAGAAGCACCCAUGAUCACUGAUGGGUGUCAAUGGAGAAAGUAUGGGCAGAAGAUGGCCAAAGGAAACCCAUGUCCUAGAGCUUAUUAUAGGUGUACCAUGGCUACUGCUUGCCCAGUUAGAAAACAGGUACAAAGGUGUGCUGAAGACCGAACAAUCCUCGUCACAACCUAUGAAGGCAAUCACAACCACCCUUUGCCUCCAGCAGCUGUGGCAAUGGCACAAACCACUUCCUCAGCAGCAAAAAUGCUUCUUUCUGGGUCAAUGUCUAGUGCUGACGGCCUAAUGAAUGCAAACUUCCUUGCAAGGACACUCCUCCCUUGCUCUUCAAGCAUGGCUACUAUCUCGGCAUCUGCUCCAUUCCCAACUGUUACAUUGGACCUAACACAAUCUCCAAACCCUCUACAGUUCCCAAGGCACCCAAACCAGUUACAAAUUCCCCUCCAAGGUGUCCCUCAGAAUUUUGCAAACUCCCCAGCCUCUUUCAUGCCUCAGAUAUUUGGACAAGCACUCUACAACCAAUCAAAGUUUUCUGGUCUUCAAACGUCACAUGAUGCAGACCCUUCACAAUUUGGUAACAACUCUCAGCAGUUACCAUCACACGUUACUGACACAGUUAGUGCUGCCAUUGCUGCUGAUCCAAACUUCACUGCAGCUCUGGCAGCAGCUAUCACUUCCAUUAUUGAUGGUGCUCAGCAACGCAACAACAGUAACAAUACUAACAAUAAUGGCAACAUGACAGCCAGCACCAGCAAUGGCAACACCAGCAACGCAAAGCAAUAA